CCACGCGUCUAAAGAGUUACAAAAAGUGUUACACAAAUGGCCGGCGCAUUGAUUGCUAAGUACUAAAAUUCUUUUUUCUGUCUUUGGCAUUGGCCAUUAUUCCUCUCUCUUUUUGCCAGCUUUAGUUGAAUUUCAACUUUCAACCAGUAUUGGUCACUCUAUCCUGCGAAAAUUCCUCAAUUCUAAAGGAUGUUCAUCACUACUUUGUUGUUGUCAAAGUGGCCUUGCUUUGGAUUUCUGCUUCUUUUGGCAUUUCUAUUGUUGAGCACAAGAACAAGUACUAGUUUAGCUUAUGAUAGACGCGAGAUAAUAAAGGCGCGUCAUGGAGCUGUUGCCACUGAUGAUGGACGAUGCUCGAGGAUUGGAAGAGACGUUCUACGAGAAGGAGGCCAUGCUGUGGAUGCAGCAGUGGCUGCAGCUCUUUGCUUGGGAGUUGUUAGUCCGGCGUCUAGUGGCAUAGGUGGAGGAGCAUUCAUGCUAAUAAGAUCAGCAGAUGGGAAAGCACAAGCCUUUGAUAUGAGAGAAACUGCUCCCAAGAAAGCCUCUGAGAAUAUGUACGUAGGAAAUGCUGCUCUAAAAGCUAGUGGAGUUCUUUCAAUAGGAGUUCCAGGAGAAAUUGCUGGCCUUUACAAAGCGUGGAAGCUAUACGGAAAGCUUUCAUGGAAACGGCUUGUGAGGCCAGCUGCACAUCUAGCUCAUAGCGGGUUCAAGAUUUCACCAUAUCUUCACAUGCAAAUGUUCAAAAGCGAAUCAGAUAUUAUGUCGGACAAGGGACUUCGCGACUUGUUCACAUCAAAUGGAAGCCUUUUGCAGAUAGGAGAUAUAUGUUAUAACAAACAGCUAGCUAAAACACUUAGAGCACUUUCCGCAUAUGGAAUUAGGCCAUUUUAUAAUGGAUCAAUUGGGGUUAAAUUGAUCAAAGAUAUAAGAAAAUCCGGAGGCAUAUUGACAAUGGAAGACUUGCAGCAGUAUGAAGUUAGAAUAAGAGAACCUAUCUCUGCAGAUGUCAUGGGAUUUAAGAUACUUGGUAUGCCACCUCCUUCAGCAGGAGGUGCUGCAAUGGUGCUAAUACUGAACAUUCUUGCACAAUAUGGAAUUCCCAUGGAAGGUCCAAGCUCCCUUCUAAUUCAUCGACAAAUUGAAGCGUUGAAACAUGCAUUUGCACUGAGGAUGAACCUUGGCGAUCCAGAUUUCAUUAACAUUAAAAGCGUCAUAGAUGAUAUGCUGUCAACUGAAUUUGCAAAACAGUUGAAGAAAACCAUAUAUGACAACAUGACUUUCAGUCCCAAUCACUAUGGUGGCAAGUGGAAUCAAAUCUAUGAUCAUGGUACCAGCCACAUGUCCAUUGUGGACAGUGAUCGAAAUGCUGUUUCGAUGACUAGCACCGUAAAUGCUUACUUUGGUGCAAAAUAUCUAUCACCAAGUACAGGGAUAGUUCUUAAUAAUGAAAUGGAUGACUUCUCAAUUCCUGAAAAACGUUCCGAAAAUGUUCCACCACCAGCACCUGCAAAUUUUAUCCGUCCGGGCAAAAGACCAUUGUCAUCAAUGGCACCUACUAUUGUUCUCAAGGGCGAACAACUAAGAGCGGCUAUUGGUGCAAGUGGAGGAGCAAUGAUUAUUGCUGGUACAACCGAGGUUUUUCUGAAUCAUUUUGCAAGGGGAAUGGAUCCCUUCUCUUCUGUAAUGGCUCCAAGAUCUUACCAUCAGUUGAUUCCAAAUGUUCUACAAUACGAGAAUUGGACGAUUGUGACAGGCGACCACAUAGAAGUUCCAGCAAAAACAAGAACUGCCCUGCAAAAGAAGGGGCAUGUACUGCAAAGUAUCGACGGAGGGACAAUUUGUCAGUUUGUUGUUCAAGAAUUCAAGUCAUCAAAGUUGGGGGAGCUUGUAGCUGUAAGUGAUCCAAGGAAGGGCGGAUUUCCCUCUGGUUUUUUAGAUGUACAAUGUCGGACAAGGAGUUGUCGCUACAAAGGAUCCUACAACGAAAGCCAUAUAUGAUCAGACCAGCUGAUCAUGUGAGAUUUUUCUUUUAUACACAACUAGAAACUACCAUUUGCCUAGCCUAGAUGAAAGCCGUAGCUAGAAGCAGGGGCGAACACACAUGGGAGGAAGUCAUCUGACUGCUUUCUUGCAAAGAGUACUUCUUGCUCCACUGGCCAAGCUCAUAUUUUAGCUUGUAAAGGUUACGGGUUCGAGGCUAGACCUGAACAUUCCCUUUGCAAUAAUAUUCAACUAAACCAUUGGGUCAAGGCUCUUCAGCUUAUGGGAAAAUGAUAUUAAUUAUUACUACUACUUAAUUUUUUAUUUAUUUAUAUAAUGCGACACUGCUUAUAAAAAGUUGUACCUACGCCCCUGGCUAGAAGGAUGAGUUGCCAUUCAGAAGCUCUUAUCGAAGGCGGAGCUAAGUUCAAGCAAGGGGGUUCAUAAGGGAAGAUUUUACAUUUUA